AUGCAACGCCGACUGCAGAGCCUGCGCAUGGACGGCUACGCGAUGCAGUGCCACACGCUUUACGUCGGCGCCAAGCUCGUCUACCGCGUCACGAUCCAAACAGCGAUUGCACCUCAUGCGAUGUGGGUCGCCGGCGUGAGCAAGGCCAAGCUCGAGGCCUUCCGCGGCCAGCUCACGCGCCUCGUCGAGGCUAUGCACGCCGACCCGGUCGAGCCGUGGAGUGCGGACGGCCACAUUGAACGUCUUCUGGAGCACGUGUUGGACAUCGCGACCAAGCUCCAUGCGACGACGUUUGCGACCAGCACCGACGACGACCGCGACCUCGUCGAGCGGUUUGUCUUUGACGUGCUCUCGGCGUACACGCUGCUGACGAGUCUCGAGGUCGCCGACGUGAGCGCGUCGGCCUUGGCCAACCAAGUGCUGCACUUUUACGUGGUUUUGCGCGAGUUUCUCAUGAUUCCGGACGACGUCACGAGCGCCCGCAAUCGGCUCGCGAUCGCGGUGAUGAACCUCACCGACAUUGAGCCGCCGACGGGCCUUGGCGGCGGCUGCAGCAUCUGUCUCGAGCCAUGGCAACACGUCAAUGCUCCCGCCGCGCUUGCAACCGUCCAGCUACCGUGCGGCCACGUGUACCACGACGAGUGCGUUCUCGGAUGGAUACGCCAGAACGCCAACUGCCCCGUCUGCCGCGCGGUCAUUGGACCCGUUCCAAGCAGCAUGUACAAGCAGGUCAAGGUGCGCACGAACCAGGUCAUGAAGAUGGUCAAGCCCGUCGUCCACUACGGCUUCCUCCCGCUCGUCAUCUACCUCGGCCUCAAGAACGACCCGGACGUCGACCUCCUCAUGGUGCUUCUGCCGUGGGUGCAGCCCGAGGCCCCGGCUGGCGGCUUCUAA